GUUCAGAUGAUCUAAUCUACUUAGUUGGUAGAAUAUCCCAAUGCGGCCCAAUGCGGCCAUCAAAGGCGAUGUCAAUUCAGGCACACGUCUCAGCAUGGCAAUUGGAUAUCCUCUGCGUUGCCCGGAGGCACAUACUCUUUUCGUACAGUAUCUCAGAACAAAGCCUUAAGACGAUUCUAAGAAUUUAAGGCAUUCUAAUGUGGCGCUGAGUAGGUUCUGGAAGGUUCUGACGCGAGUGAAAGAGACUCGUUUGUUUUGCGCUCGGAUUCCACUCUCACUUAGCUUCCCACAGUCAAACUCGCAACCUUGUCUGGCCUCUCCUCACCCCCACCAACGACAACAAGCCGCACGAUGGCAUCAAGCUUUCGCAACGCUCGCGUUGAGAACCUACUCAUACAAUACGAGCAGCUCAAGCAAUCGCAACAGGAGAUCGUUGAAGCACUCAGAGAUGAGCUCGCAAGCGCUCUAACGCAAACUGAUCGCGCCACCACAGAGCUCAGAGCCACCCAAUAUGACCUUAAUGCUACUCGAUCUUCACUUCGAAGCAAGCAAUGCGAGAUCAGUAACUUGUCUUUGCAGAAUGCGCGCCUCGAGAGAGACCUAGAGAUAUCUCGCUACCAAAACCACGACACGCGACAAGCGGUGGCUAUAGAACAACAGGAGGGGAGCGAGGAGCGGUUGUUCAAACUUGACCCUGUAGACGCGACAAUGCCACAACUCAGCGUCACUGAUCAGAUGCCACUAAGACGAAGCAAACGCACUCGCCUAUCAUCCGUCGGAGAUCGCGACUUUACCACGCCAUUGCCGACCAAGGGUAGUGAGCGCCUCAUCGAAUCUGAUAGCCCCCAGGAUUCCAAACGCCAAGAUCUACACAGCGUCAUUACAGGGCCAGGACGACCACUACUUCGUCUACCACACAAACGGGUCAACCCAAGUUAUGGGCGUGAGGUAGACAUCCCACAUGUUCUCUGGGUCCAAGAUAACAAUCAAUGGAGCUGGGUCAACUUCAACAGUCCCCCCUCAGGGGAGACUGCACUCAGCGAAUGUUUCACAAAGAUGGUUAACAGAACUAUUCCGAAACGACUACGAUGGGCAAAAUUCACAAGGAAUCGGAGCUCGUACAGGUUCGACCUCAAAAAGAUGUGCAUAAAUGCUCACUUUUCGGGUAGCCGUCGAGCAUGCACCUGGGUACAAGCUGCUGGGGACCAACAAUGGGCUUGCGAUUUGUGUAUCAAGGGAAGACGGCCUUGUGUGAGAUUCAUCAAGCCCAGCCCCAACGAAGACUACGCAGCGGCUUGGUGUCCUCUUCCACCAGGAGAACGAGAAGGCAAGCAGCCUAAUGAGCUCAGAUUCUGGAGACGUUAGGGGAUACGAGAAACACUGUAAUAGAGAAUAUCAAGAAGAGGAGGCCAUGUUUGCUUCUGCGUAUGCGAGGCGAGGCGAGGAGCGGAGGGUUACAAACCGCAUGGUAUCAACGUCCUGACUUUCGACCCUUGCCAUGUCGCCUGAGCUUCUCCAACGAGCGUUUUGGCAAACCU